CAUUCAUCCUGUGAUUCUGUGAUCAAUUUGCGACCGGACUGAAGACAUUGAGUGAAAGGGUUGAUCAUGACUCACAGAUCUCGGAAUGGUGGACCACCCAAAACACAUAGAAAGAAAAACCAAAAUGGACCUAAACGUAAACUUCAUCAUCCUCCUUCUCAACCUACCUCUCAACCCGACCUCUCCGACUCUCCAUCUGACAAUUCCGAAUUCCCUCCACUUCCAAUCAAACAAUUCGACAGUCCGACAGAAUCAGACUUGCUCGUUGUGGUACAUCGAGCACUGAGGCAAACUCUGGACAACCCAACAUUUUCAACUAGCGUGCAAACUGUCAAAGCGCUGUUAUACAACAGAAAAUGGCUAGAGGUAUUCACCAAUCCUGUCUUGCUGGAAGUAUAUGUGGGAAGAUGGGUACCUAGUAGAGGGGUUUGUUAUAGGGAGUUGAUGAUACGUCUUGGAGCUAUUAGAGGGCUGUUCAGACCCAGUUUGCCUUCAAGACAUGACGAGGAGGAGGAGAUUGAUGACCGUCUGAUGAAGUCGAGAUCUCAGAAGGAGGGAAUGGACAAUGAGGGUCAAAAGGAGGAAAAUGAGGUAUUCAGAUUGCAAAAGGGGAUCAAAGAUGGGAGUGGGGGUAAUAAAGAGGAGAUCAUUGAUAUUAUUUCGUUAGGCGGAG